AUGGGAGAGCAGAGCAGCCACGCCUCGGCCUGCUGGGAAGGGGUUCGAGCAACGGAGAACUCUCAGGACCAAGGCGUAUCCCGCCCUCCAGGUGAGAGAAUCUUGGGCUAUGCUGAGGAGCCCUGUUAUCUCUGGUUCGUCAUGGAGUUCUGUGAAGGGGGAGAUCUGAAUCAGUACGUGCUCUCGCGGCGACCGGACCCAGCCACUAACAAGAGUUUCAUGCUACAGCUAACCAGCGCAAUCGCCUUCCUGCACAAGAACCAUAUUGUGCACAGGGACCUGAAGCCAGACAACAUUUUGAUCACCGAGAAGUCUGGCACCCCGGUUCUCAAGGUGGCAGACUUCGGACUCAGCAAGGUCUGUGCUGGCCUGACGGCUCGGGGCAAGGAAGGUGGGAAUGAUAACAAAAAUGUGAAUGUGAACAAGUACUGGCUGUCUUCAGCCUGCGGCUCUGACUUCUACAUGGCCCCUGAGGUCUGGGAGGGACACUACACAGCCAAGGCAGACAUCUUUGCCCUGGGCAUCAUCAUCUGGGCCAUGAUUGAGAGGAUAACUUUCAUCGAUGCAGAGACCAAGAAGGAGCUACUGGGGACCUACAUCAAGCAGGGCACAGAGAUUGUGCCCGUUGGGGAAGCACUGCUAGAAAACCCAAAGAUGGAGUUGCAUAUCCCCCAGAAACGCAGGACUUCCAUGUCUGAGGGAAUCAAGCAACUCUUGAAAGACAUGUUAGCUGCUAACCCACAGGAUCGACCUGAUGCCUUUGAGCUUGAAACCAGAAUGGACCAGGUUACAUGUGCUGCUUAAAUUCAGGGCAAAGCAUUAGUGCAUUUUGCAAUUGGGUUUAUUUACCAGGGACCUACAAUCUCCAUUACUUACAUGCACAGAGGGAAGAAGAUGGUAUUGAAGAUCACCUGACAACAGGAUCUCUGGCAAUGGGAAGGUUUCUGUCUGUUUUGGGUUUUUUGGUCACGUGAGAUUUCAGAAGAACAGAAUCUUUGCAGCCCAGUUGGUUACAAGACUAUUGAAUGAGGUCAAGAAGAACAGGUUUCUCUUCCCCCACAUCCCCACCCCUUUCCCCCACCGUUUCAGCCUUGUUAUUCAACUAGAAUGCUACAGGUUCUUCUGGGAAAGACUUGUGUCUUUUUACCAACACUGAUUGGAAUGAGAAUCUCUGCAAAGCAUUCCCUCAGCUGCUGACGAGUACCAAGGCUCAAAGUCCGGAUGUGCCCAAGUUUGUUUUUUAAAGUUAAUAUUCUUUAUCUAGGGGAGAGGAGCUCCCUGGGCUUGCUCUGUAGUUUGGAGAUUGUAGAAAAAGUAAAGUCUUUGAAGCCCCAUGUUGGAAACAAACAGUCAUGUGGCUCAGAACCUGAUGGCUCCUUAACAGGCAGGUGAUGCCCAGGCUAUAAAGUAAGUGACAUUAGAGUAGGGUAGCAAAAAUAACGAGAUGGAAGAGAAAUUGAUUAGGCAAGAUCGGUGCUGUAGUGGAAAGAGCCUUGUCGUCCCCCCACCCAAAUAAAAAAAGUCAGCUGUGGAAUUUGGCAACUGAGAGCCCAAUUCUGUAAUGGGCCUGUGGAGUGGAUGGGACAGAUUUUUCAGGUGACCAACUGAACUGUAGGGUGGAUGUAUAUGACAAAAGCAGAAAGUAGCUGAAAAAAAAGAUCUGAAGUCACUUGUGCCAAGCUUCAGCUGUGAAGGACUUGGCAGUAUUGGAGGUAGGGGGGCCAGACCGCUAGUCACUCACUGUAUGGUUUCAAGGCUCCUGCAGAAGCCUGUUUGCCCUUUGUGCGAUAACUGUGGUCUCCAAAGGGCAAAGAGCAUGCUGGUCAGGCUUGGGCACUUAAAGUUACGCAUCAGUGGGAUGUAGGGGUAAGGAGGUGGGAAUCUCAAGCUGACCAGUUAAUACUUAGUUUCCUGGCCUGCAUUUGGAGCCGCACUGACAUUCUGGGACUGACUCUGUGUGAUGGUUUGAGUAGCGCUUUAGACCUUGCUCAGUGUAAAGCACAGCAUCCUUUUUACCCUGUGAUUUCUUAAACACGCUAGAAAUGUCUUCCCAAACCGUUACAAACCCCUGCUGAGAGACGGGUCCAGGAGACACCAGUUGUGCUUCCAGACUAAAUCUCUCACCCGGUUACCGAAGUAUUCCACUGUCGCUCUGGUAGGAUGUGACUGGCUUCACAAUUAGAGAAGGGCCCUGCUGACCUAAUCAGACAGGAUCGUCACAGUACUAACAGGCCUGCUGUCUGUGCAGACACUUCAGUCUUAUUUCUCUUCGUUGACAUUUUUGUGCACCCGCUUGCUACUUGUCUGUCUACUCGGUAUGCUGUACCAUCCCAUAAAAGUGAAUGAGGAUGCAAUAACUCCAUUAGGGCUAGAUUAAGGAUGGUGUCUAGUUUUGUUUUUUUAAACCUGUAAGCCUUGACACCUCUGCCGAGCUUGAAUGCAGUGACCAGAGAAGAUUUGGGUGGCACCUUACCAGGAAGGUUGUGCUGUGCAUUAGGGGACUAGCAGAGCAGUAGCAUAUAGUUGUAGUUAUGUGCUCCCCCCACCUGAUUAAACACCUUGUGUUUUGAAGGUUUCACACAGAGACAGUAACCAGCAUAGCACAAGCCCAGGAAUAGGACCCAGUCGCUCUUUCCUGCAACCCCCCCCCCGCGAGAUGCUUCUCUGUGCUGUGGAUGGCCACAGCCAGACCUGGAAUACCCUCACUUCUUCCCAAGAUGGUUAUUUGGGGUUAGGACGUUUGGGUUUGGUUAUCAACCACAGAGAACUGUCUGGCUUUGUAACUCGUCUGUUCAGUUUGGUUAGUCUACGUUUGAUUCCCAGCUUAGCAGGGGGCUGUUGUAGCAGCAUCUAAGAUACCCCACCCCCUCUGGAGUAACGAAGGGGUGGAUUUUCUCACUACUGGAAGCCCCUCAUCCAUCACAUGGUGCACUGAAACAUAACACAGGCUUACGUGCUGUUCUGCCCAUUGUUUGUCCAUCCCCCUUGCUGUUUUCCUGACCCAUGUUCUUUCGAAGCACCCCAAUACUCCUGCACUCUUGUUCACAAUAGAACUGGUCUUCCAUGUGACUGUCUACAUCAGGCGACCAGCUGCUUCCUGCAGGCAGAGGCUCUUUCCCCCAAGUCCAAGACUGUAUUAACUACACCUGUCUUAGGAUGAGCGUCUCAAGCUUGUAUUUCAACGCUCGCUUGGGGCACUUAACCCAUGCUAGCUGUGCAUGGAUGGGACAACUGACAGCAGACGCCAGGCUCUAAGAGCAGGGCUCCUCAGUACAGCCUUUGCAACUGUUGGCUGCUAUAGCUACAUCCAUGGCUAGAACUGACCUGCCCACACAUGCCUUCCCUGCCAGGAGGAAGCCCAAGGGAGAUGUUAUGGCACCAAAGGCAACUUCCAGGCAGACUCCUAGGAGAGCUGCUUUGACUUAGAUGGUGCUUGUCUCAGAACUUUCCAUUUAACCUGCUUACCACCUCCAGUGAGAUUUAAGCCAUCGCCCACCAGAGGCUUCCAGUUCUGCUACUCCCUCCGAGGCUGUGCGCUCUCUCCAGCACCGCUGUAUGGGUGGGGAGGCCGAUUUCAAACAGAGGGAGUGCCACUUGCUUCAAGUCCUCACCUGCAGAGGAGGUACUAACGAAUCCUUUUCGUUAGAUAUCCAUGAGUGCCCCCUUCCCCUCUCUGGAAACUUCAGUGAAGACCUGACUACGCCCCGACUGAAAUGCACUGCUGGCAGAGCGUGUGGCUAACCGCCUGGUUAGUGUAAAGUCACCCUCUCAGCCCUGCCCUGACUUCCACCCACCUUCAGAUCUCACAUUUCCACUUCAGCUUUUGCAUUACAGAUGUGUUUUAAAACCAGCUUGAUGUUAGCUAGAUAGACCGUAGUGCCUUAUAGGCUUUAGAAAACACUUCCUAGGAAGAGUUCUAGGGCUGCUAGCCUUUGGCCAGUUGGGUCAUUUCUCCUUUAGUUUCUGUCAGUCUAAAUACGCUUCUCUCCUUUGCUUUCCUGCCGACGGCGGCUUUGCUGCAGAGUGCUCCAAGUUCACUAGAAUAGUGAGGAAGUCAUACAGUUUACAGGUAGUGGUGUCUCACCACACCUCACCUCUGAAUCCUCUGGGCCCUGCCCAAACUCAUCCUAGGGCAAGAGCAUCGAAAGAGGGAUUGGCUCUAACCUGCAGCUUUUACAAGGACAUAAAGCUUUCUGGGGAGGGGCAUCUCUUUCCUCUUGCUUGACAUCAUCUGUCUGCCCAGCUCCUCCACCUUGCUGCUGCUGGCUGAAACGUCUCCCCCAUCGUAUACAUUUUUGGCAUUGGGCUUUGCAGCUGGGGAAAUUCCAGCUUCUGGGAAAAGGGGAGCUAAACCCGAGGCUCAGGACUGCCUGGUCUCUGCAGCUCAUAUUCAUACAGGAGUGGCUCCUGAUUUCUGACUGACCACGCUUGAUACUGAACUUAAAAACUGACACUGGAGGGACAACUCUAGCUGUUAUGAGGUCUAACCCUAACCAGAGUGGGGAGAGUUGAGGGCUCCUACCAAGGAAGUUCCACUGAUUUUCAGGCUCGCUCUCACAGGCCAGGUUUUUGCUAGAACAGAUGACAUGGCCCUGUCCAUGUUAUAGGAUUGUAUUAAAAAUUGUUUACUUCUAAAUAUCCUGUUUACAGUGGGGGUGAGGGGAACUAGCCACGUUCCUGGAGAACUUUGAAAUGCGUUAGCUACACCAACCUGCAAUGGAGGUCUGCACCUCCAGCAUCACACCAACCCGGGGUUGGCUGUAAUACCACAGCUGUAUUCCGUAAGAUGGGCUCAAUAGGCUGGUUAGAGAAGGAGUCAGACUAGCUUCCCCGGUGUUCUCCUGCUGCUGUGUUUAAGGUUCAGAGGGGCUGGUGACAGCUAGACAGUGGUCCCCCUUUAGUCUUCCUUUACUCCUCAGGAUCCAGCUCCGUAACAUAUCAGGAGGCUCCCAGAGCCUGUGUGGAGCAAUAAGAGACUUUAACGAAAGUUACCAUCUUUGUGGAAUUCCUCAUUUGUGUAAAUCUUCUCCAUAUGCAGGAUCUACUCUGGGUUUAAGCCUGCCCAGGGACAUGGUGCAGCUGCAAAGAGAACAGCCAGCUGCAAUGGAGGCAAAAAAAUCCAAAUAUACUAAGUUUAAUGUACAAAGGCCAUGAUAGUGGGGAACACAUUGCUGCUUUGUGUGGUUUCCUCCUCUAAAACACACUGCCAAAGCAUGUUAGGCAAAACCCUUCCCAGGGGCUACUGGUGUUACUGUUGCUUUAAAGCCAGUCUCCCUUUCCCUCUGGAGUUGGGGUGGUGCCCUUCAGAGACUUUUCUCUAGAAGACCAAUCAAGCACUUACCCCAUUCUUCAGCAUCCACCCCUACAUCAUCCUCUGUAGCUGGAUCUAGACCAUGCUGCUCAAAUUCCCCUCAAGCUGUGUACUGCAUAUUGCAUUGUAGCCAACCAACUUUUUUGGAGACACUGGUCUUUUUAUUGAAGCACUUCAGAUUUGCGGCUUGGCUGCCGUCCCCUGGAGCCGGACCUUGUGUUUCUUCUGAUGCUUGGCAACACUAUUUUGUGUGGCUGAACAAAGCGAAUGACUUGGCAUUCAGAUUUAUCCAUUCCUUCCAUGUUGCAAGCAAUACAUCAGCGGCUGGCUCCUCUGGCCACAGUUCCUGGAAAUCAUUGCAUAGGCGGUUCUGUUCUCUACACUACAGUGCUAGCUAUUGCCUAUGGAAACUGGGGCCUGCUUACCGUGUGCUGCCCAUUUCCACUGUAAACAUUGAACUGCAGUGUGAAAUGACGGCCUGCCACUUUCCUGAAACAACCAGUGACAAAGCAGUUACACCAUUCUGGUCUAAAAGCAUUUUCACACUUUUUGGAGUCAGAGGGGGAGGGGAGGCAGGGUGAACAGCACAGUAGGAAGUGGCCUCUUCUAACUGCAAGGUGACAAAUUCCAUCUUCCUGCACUUUGCCAUCUCAAUGCUUUUAACUCUAAGGUGUGGCUCCCAGAGGGAUUGGUGGUUGGAUAUUUAAUGCAUCUUCUCUCCUGAACUAGGCAGAGUGGGAAGGCUUAAACCCAGACUCCAAACUAAAGUUACUUCAUGAUACUAGUUAAUAAAUCUGUAUUUUUCUUUUUUGCACAGAAGCUGGUAAUCUAGGACCUAUGUGUGAACUUUAUAUAAAUAUUUUUUGUACUUGGUUUACUUGGGUUGGUAUGAGACGUAUUUAAGUUCCUUGAACACUGUGGAUACCCUGAUGUGUAUGAAUGGCAGAGGCGUUGUAAAUUAAGAGACGUUUGUGUGAAUAAAGCUAUUUGAUGGGGUU